AUGGCUACCUGGAAGGAGCUUGAGCAAGAUCCAAUGUCAAAAGUCCACCGUGAAACUCUCUCCUCGGCUAUUCGUGACAGUGGCUGUGGCUCACUGUGUCUGACUGAUAAGGACAAAACGGUCAUCCAUCACAUCAACCCGGAAAUCGAAAGCCCUUAUACUCGCCCCCUACUCUGGUUCAAAGUGAGGGAGUACUGCCGCGAUGCUUUCUCGGAGUUCUUUGGGACGAUGAUCUUGAUUUUAUUUGGGGAUGGAGUUGUUGCCCAGGUGCUACUUAGUCAUGGCCAGAAGGGUGACUACCAAUCUAUCUCUUGGGGGUGGGGGCUCGGCGUCAUGCUCGGGGUAUACGCCAGCGGGGCAUCAGGAGGUCACAUUAAUCCCGCCGUGACAUUUGCAAAUUGCGUCCUCCGCGGCUUCUCCUGGCACAAACUCCCCGUGUACGUACUAGCGCAGAUUUUUGGCGCAAUGUGCGGUUCUGCGAUUGUGUAUGGUAACUACAAGUCAGCCAUCAACACCUACGAGGGUGGGCCAAAUAUCCGCACAGUCCCCGGCUACUCGACAACAGCAACGGGCGGCAUCUUCUGCACCUACCCCGCAGAAUUCAUGACAAAGACAGGGCAGUUCUUCUCCGAGUUCAUUGCCAGCGCGGUCUUGAUGUUCAUGAUAUUCGCUCUGAAAGACGACGGCAAUCUUGGCGCCGGGCCGCUGAUGCCUCUGGCGCUGUUCUUCGUUAUCUUUGGAAUUGGCGCUUGCUUUGGAUGGGAGACCGGAUAUGCCAUCAACCUGGCACGGGACUUUGGGCCUCGGCUGAUGUCUUACAUGAUUGGAUAUGGACAUGAAGUGUGGACUGCAGGGGACUAUUACUUCUGGCCAUCGUCUUAG